UCAAGCUCAGUUAAACUUGGACUUUCUGAAGGUUAACAUCAAGUGAUUUGCACCAUGGAAACUAAAGUAUCCCUUUUUCUGGGGAUUAUUUCCUGCACUCUGCUCGUCCUGUGCAGUGCCAGCCCGGAAGAGUACGUCACGCUGGAGAAGGCAGUCAGUAGUUUGUCCAACGUUGUUGGCACAUACAAUGCUGAAUUUGACAAGAAAGUCAAAUUCGAGGUCCUGCAGGAUGCCAUCGAGGCAAUUGACAAAGCUAUGUUCGGGUACCAUGGAGAAGCUAAAAAUCAUCUGGAUGAAGUACGUCAGUUGAAUACAGAUGCCCAUCUCACAUAUAAAAAGUGUGUGGGUCCUGUCUACGAGUGGUGCGUUGCCAUUAAUAGUACACUGGAAACCAUCACACCAUAUAUCACUGACCCGAAGGCGACUGCCGAGGAUAGGGAUAUGCUGUGGAACAUGACUGUGAAGGCUCUGGCUGCAGGACUCAGCAAGACGAGUGUAUCAUUAGAAUUAUUGGAGCAGGUGCAAAGUAAAGUGGAAAAUUUGAGACGAUUGCUGGACGUCAUUCUCGGCGAAAUGCACAACGAUUUCAGCCCGGAGGGUUAUUAUGGUAAGCAGAAGCAGUCCCUGCAGGAGGCGUUGGAGGGUAAAGGAAGUGUUGUCGCUAAGGCCAUAGCCGAUGUUAUUGGCACUAUCUUUCGUACCGUCGUGACUAUAGUAACUGGCAAUAUAGGUAUGGCCUUAACCAUGUUACCCACAUUCGUUGAUCAAGGAUUAGCUGCCGUGAUGCAUCUGCGCGAGCAGGCUACCAUUGGGCAACAACUGAAGGCUAUUGAAGUGUUCUUCCAGACCCUGGAGGAUAAGAUUAACUAUGCCAAGAAAAUAGCUGUGGAAGUCGACGCGGCUCUAGAAGAGGAUCAUAGGAACCUGCAUUCCCUGGCUACCUUAAUUGAUAUUGCAAACAGGAACAAUCAAUUGCUGCUUCUUGCGAAUCCGAAUCUUCGGGCUCAGAUAAUUCCGAAACUGAACGAUAUGGGCCACCAGUGCUACGAGUACGUUAUAUGGCACGGCUAUGGAUCGUCGGCAUACGUUCGAAAUCAAGUAAGGACGAAACGUCAGGCAACCAAUUCUUUCGGAAUGGAAAGGAUUUCGCGUCUAAUCCGAUCACUGCCGGAAAAUUACAAUUUCAAAACGCUGGUUUCGGCUGCUUCUCAAAUUAUGAGCGACGACAGUCUGAUUGAUUCUCAUCAGAUUUCCUCAUCAGAAUACGAGAAUUUCCCAUUGAACGAUGAAAACUUAAGUGAGAAACUAUCCAACCUCGGUUCCCCACUGUUUCCCUGA